CACUGUGCCCGGUGCCCCUGUAGUUAGUUCUCAGUGUCUGCAGUGCGGCGGUGAGACACACACCUCAGGACAGACACUAUGAAGCGCGACGCAGGCGUGGCCGGGGGCGUGGCGGGGCUGACGCUGACGCUGCUGAAGAUGCUGGGGGCGCUGCCCCUGACGGGGGUGUACGCGCUGGAGGCCCUCAUACGCACCCUCACCCCCAGACGCUUCAGGAGGAGGGAUGUGAGGGGACAUAUCGUCCUCAUCACGGGGGGUGGGAGUGGCCUGGGGAGGGAGCUUGCCCUGAGGUUCGCCGCCGCUGGGGCCACCGUCCUCGUAUGGGGCCGCAACUUGAGAGCCUUGGAGGAGACUAAGGACAAAGUAGAGUCUACUGGCGGUAGUUGUUUUGUCUACCGAGUAGACGUGACAGACCGCGAGGCAGUCUACUCCACAGCCGGCAAAAUCAAGUCCCAGUUCGGCAUGGUGGACAUCCUCGUCAACAAUGCAGGCGUUGCUUACGGCAAAAAUAUUCUCGACUCCAACGACGAUGAAAUUGUCAACACAUUCAACGUGAACAUCAUCAGUCACUUCUAUACGACGAAAGCCUUCCUGCCGGAGAUGCUGAAGAUAAAUUCUGGUCACGUGGUGACGAUGUCGUCCAUGGGCGGCUACACAGCGGUCAACCGCAUGACCGACUACUGCGCCAGCAAGUUCGCUGCCGUCGGUUAUAAUGAAGCGCUCACCAUGGAGCUCAGGGUGAACGGUCACACAGGAGUCCUCACGACGCUCGUGUGCCCGUACUACGUCGACACGGGCAUGUUCUCGGGCAUCGCGUCCAGGUGGGUACCCCGUACAUAG